AUGGAGUUUAAAAUUGAACACACUUGGGAUGGUUUCCCAGUGAAGCAUGAGCCAGUGUUAGUCAGGCUGAGUCCAGGUGACAGAGGAGUGAUGAUGGAAGUAAGUGCUCCAUUUUUCAAUGAUCCUCCAGCCCCACUUGGAGAACCCGGAAAGCCUUUCAAUGAACUGUGGGAUUAUGAAGUUGUUGAAGCAUUUUUCCUGAGUGACAGUACUGAGCAGUAUCUCGAAAUUGAGCUUUGUCCACAUGGACAGCAUUUGGUGCUUUUACUCUCUGGGAGAAGAACUGUGUGGAAACAAGGACUUGCUUUAUCAUUUAAAGUGUCCAGAGGAGAGACAAAAUGGGAAGGAAAAGCAAAUAUUCCUUGGUGUUAUUUCCCACCAAAUGUCACAAAAUUCAAUUCAUUUGCAAUUCAUGGAUCAAAAGAUAAAAGAAGUUAUGAAGCUCUUUACCCUGUACCUCAACAGGAAUUGCAACAAGGACAAAAACCUGAUUUCCAUCGUCUGGAAUACUUCAAGCCUUUCAAUUUUAACACACUGUUUGGAAAAGAAUGGAAACAGCCGGAAUCAGACCUGUGGCUAAUAGAGAAACUUGAUAUAUAG